AGUAUUCGGCCGUCCGCCCUGCGUCGCGAGCGCAUCUAUACGUCACAGAAACACUAGCCAGUUAUUUACAAAAGAAAACAACUUCAUGAAUGGGAGUCAGCUGACAUGAUAUACCAAGAUGUCUUUUAGGAAUUACUACGAUACGUCAUCUUACGGACGAACUCGAGAUAAAGGAAGAACGUCAACAACUAACAUCACAGCGGACCGGCCGACAACAGUAACUGCUAAAUACCUCAAUACCACACCUUCAUACAAAUCAUCCAGCAUCCCAGUACUGUGUUCUGAUAGACCCGAACGUUCAACGACUAAAGAUGAAUCACCCAUAUCGGCAAUUGCGAAUCGUUAUGCCAAUUAUGGAAAGACAGAUAAAACUACACCAAAAUUCGAAAAGAAAGACUACACUAAACUUUCUGUACCUUCAGUCACUGGAAAAAGUAGAGACGUUAGCCCCGUAUCGACAACUUCGAAAUACAGCUAUAAUCGACCCUCAAGACACUUUAGUCCAGAGAGGAGAACAACGAAAAGUUAUAAAGAAAAAGUCCGAGAUUCUAGUCCAGGGGAUCGCGACAAAGACAUUCCAAGUAAGACUGACAAGUCUUCAGGCUACAACAGCCUGUCGAGCUACAAAUUAUAUCCAAGAAGUUCAAGUUAUUCACGUCCUGCUUCUAGAACGGAGGUUAAACCUGAAGUCACUGUUAAUAGAUAUGCCAUUGCAAACCGAUUAUCGACAAAUUAUUUAAGAAGUCCUCCUACCGUAAAACGGACAUCGGUUUCUCCGGUGAACCAUAGUGACACAAGUUCAAAAAAUGAAAUUGAAAAGUCGCUAUCGCCGACAAUAACUCAUGUUGAAAUAAAUUCUUCCCAAAAACAUAAAAAUAAAGAAGUUACUGAAAAUGGCAACGAUAUAAAUGAAGAAGAUGAUGAGGCUGAAACUGUAACAGUUAUGGUAAUAACUCGUCAUACAUCACCCACUCCACCAGGUUCUUCGGCUUACGUAAGAAACAGAAGAGCAGAUAUGGCGAAAACUGUAGAAAAGACGUUAACGCGGUCCAAAAAAAGAUUAGAAAUGGUCGACAAGGAAACUCAAUCUGAUCGUUUAGAUGAUACUAGUCGAUCCAGUAGGUUUGGAAACACUGCUAGAACCAGUGUAACUAACUGGUCAUAUUAUUCACCAAAUAGUUACACUGGAUAUGCUGGGCGAUAUUCAACACAAUAUUCAAAUGUAAGAGAAAAUUCUGUAAGUAAUUCCUAUAGCGACAGAACAAGUCGAAGUCACAGCACAGAACCUCCAUUACGAGAAAAUAAUAACGUAAGUCCAUACAGUGAAGAUAGUAAUGAUAAUAAACAUAAAUCAAAUGUGAAUAAUAAUACACAAGAACCAAAUCAAGAAAUUGUAGCCAUAUAUGAACAAAAUAAGGAAGAUGAUAUGCCGGAAAUUAUAAUAAAUGUAAAUCUUAAGCUCAAGAGAGCUAAAAGUCCUGCAACUUCGGUGGCUGCAGCGGAAUUUAUAUCGCCAGAGUUAACUAUUACCAAUAGUCAAUUACCACCCCAAGCGCCCAAACCGGAUGGAGCUGCCAAACCAAAGAAAAUCAAAGUACGAAAAUCUAGCACAGAUUCAUCUUCUGACUCUUCAUCAAAAAAGAAAAUAAUCAAAAAGAGAAGUAAGUCAGUGAGCUCAACAGAUUCUGAUCAAGCAAAUGAAGUAAAUGAUUCAAAUAAGGAAUCAGUUUCUAUUUCAUCCAAAAAUAUAAAAAAAACUUCUUCAAGUAGUAAUUUACAAAACGGUAUCGCUAAAUUCAAACAUUCCAAAUCGCGAGAUAGCAAUAGUCCUGAAUCAAGCGUUACUUUAUCCACGCAAUCUUCCAUAAGUGAAGAUGAAGUAUUGCGUUCUAAAACUAACGAUAUAUCUAGAACUUCUGCUGAUGACUCAUCACUGCCCAUUGACAAAUCUGCAAAGCAGUCUUCACCCUUGCUAUCUCAAAAAAAUGACAGUGGUCCUGAAGAUGCAAAAUCAUUCUUAAUAAGGGCUCUAGCACCAGUUACAAACCUUUUCAAAAUGAGGCAUCAGGAAUCAAGUGAUAACAGCCGUUGGCCUGAAAAUUCUACUUCUGAGUCUACAGGAAAAGAUAUUUCCAAUCUUAUUACAGAAAGUGAUAGAUCAAGUAAAAGCAAAAAUAUAGUGGCCUCUAACGACGAUAAUGUUGUUAAGCUUAAAAGUAUUAGACAUAUAGAAUCUGGCGAAAGAGCAUGGUGGUUAGAUUCGGAAUCUGAAAAAAAAAGUUCAGACAAUCGACUUUCUGGUUCUGAAAAAAAUAUACCGAAAAUGAUUCGACAUGUAGAAUGUAGUGAAAAAACACGGUGGCAAGAGUCUAACAAUGAAAAUAAAUCAGAAUCCCAUUCAAAUCAUGUUAACGGUACUGAAAGUUCUGAUUCUAACAAACAAUUGAGAAAAUGUAAAUUUGUCGACGACGAAAAGCCUUGGUGGUUAGAUAGUAGCGCAAAUAUACCUGAAGGCAUCGAAAGGCUAACACCACCGAGAAAAUCAUCCAGUGAUAGUGAUAAAAGUGAAAAAUAUAAUUUUUACAAAGUACGUCGUAUAGUUUCAGGAGAACAAAAGGACUGGUGGCUUACGAGUAACGAAAACUCUUCACAAACCAAUAAACAAGAAUCAGUAAGUAAUUUGAGUAAAUCAGGUUCUGAUCAAAAGAGUUUUCCUCUAAGAAGAAUACGCCACGUUGAAUCAGGAGAAAAACCAUGGUGGCUGUCUAGUGACAAAAACAUUCCAGAAGGUAUAGAAAAAUUGCCCACUCCUCCACCUCAAGAAGAAAGUGACUCUUCAGACUCAGAAGAAGUUCAAGUUUAUGUACCUUCAUCCCAUAUUCCACCGUUUCCUUUGCACUUACCAGAUGAUGAACCAUUGGGUGAUAGACGAAGUCCUGAAGGCCUCGAAACACCGAGAGAAAGUGAAGAUUUUAGAGGACGUGCCUCACCCUAUGAAAAUAGUCGUCAAUUUAGAAGGAGAAGCUUAUAUCAAAAAGGCAUGGAUAGAUACAUAUCGCGUUAUACCGAUAUCGAUGACAUACUAGGAACGUCUGGACAAAUAUAUAGCCCUUUUAUGGAUUCUAUAUUAGCAAGAAGGACUGGUCAAAUAGCUUUUGACGAUGAUGAGUGUGAAGAAAUAGACCCAACGCAAGUCAGAAUCCACGACAGCACUGCUCAGAGACCGGUUAUAAAGAAAAUUCGCGGCAGAAACGAAGUCGCCAGCUAUCGUGAAGAGGAUCAACUGUGCGGACAAAAACUUGCCGGCCACGGCAGGUUAUUAAGAGAAAAAGAAGCUAGCGUGAGACCGUGUUACUUGCAUGCACUAGAACUAUACAUACUCACACAAGGCUCCGUUUGA